UCUCCACACAUUUAGCAAAAUUGGAGACUACUGCGAGACGCCUCCCUCCCUCGUAUCUCUCUCCUCCAUGCUCUCUCGUCUCUCCCCAAUCCUCCGCCAUAACCGUCUCUUCUCCGCAGAAGCGCGUGCAAUGACACGCGCCACUCUCUACCACCACGCCCGUGUCCUCCAGCCCCUACUCGUUCGCUCUUCUCCGAGAAUCGCCCUUGCGACCACCGCGAAUCUUCUCAAUGUUUCCUCCUCCGAUUCCUCUUCCAUGUUCCACCGGAGAUUCCACGCCGUACGCAAUAUCGGAGGAGGAGAUUGGAAGCUUCCAAAGCCGGCAGCGGGUCGCGUGUUCGCGGAGAGGAGAGAGUACAGGAAGAUGAGGAAGAGAGCGCCCAAGAGAAAGCAAGAACUCGAGCUCAGCGUCAGCAUCUGCAUCGAAGAGCAGCUUCCUGACGAUACCGAGAUUCAGAAUAUUGCGGAGAUGCUUCGUGUUAAUGUUCCCAUGGCGAUGAAGCUGGCGUUCAACGGUUUGAAAGAUUCCAAGUAUAAAACGAGAGAAACUGAUAUAGAAGACGUUGGUGGGUUUGAAACCGUUGAGUUAUCUUUGAUGCUUUGCAACGAUGAGUUCAUCUGUAAACUCAACAAAGAGUGGAGGGGUGAAGAUCAUCCUACAGAUGUGCUUUCCAUGUCGCAGCACGUCCCUGAACUGAAGCUUCCUGUUCUUAUGAUGGGAGAUAUCGUCAUUUCUGUUGAGACUGCUGCAAGGCAGGCUGCUGAGAGAGGUCACUCUCUUCUUGAUGAGAUACGCAUUCUUGUGAUACAUGGGAUGUUACACCUACUGGGGUUUGAUCAUGAGAUCAGCGACGAGGCUGAGAAAGAAAUGGAGGAGGAAGAGGAGUUGCUGCUAAAGAGCCUUGGGUGGAAAGGGAAAGGGCUCAUUCAGAGUGCAUAUGACAUUGAGAAAACAGCUAAGCCUCAGCCGGAGAAAGCAGAUGACAGGAAGAAAGGGGACGGCCUAAGAUUCUACAGACCCAAGUUUUCCUAUAUAUUCUGUGAUAUGGAUGGCACACUGCUUAACAGCAAAAGUCAGAUUUCAGAAGCUAAUGCGAAAGCUUUAAAAGAAGCCACGCUGAGGGGACUUAAAGUCGUGAUAGCUACGGGGAAGUCUCGCCCAGGUGCGAUGAGAAUCUUGAAAAUGGCUGAUCUAGCUGGACGCGAUGGCAUUGUUUCAGAGUCCUCUCCAGGCGUAUUCGUUCAGGGGUUACUUGUUUAUGGUAGACAGGGGAAAGAAGUGUAUAGAGGAAACUUGGACCGGGAUGUCUGCAGAGAGACGUGUCUUUAUUCUCUGGAGCAUGGGAUUCCUCUCAUUGCAUUCAGCCAGGAUCGCUGCUUGACAUUGUUUGACCAUCCUCUUGUCGACUCUCUUCACACAACUUACAAUGAACCAAAGGCCGAGAUCAUAUCUUCCGUUGAUCAACUUAUAGCUGAAGCUGACAUUCAGAAAGUGAUAUUUAUGGACACCACCGAGGGGGUCUCAUCUGUUAUCCGUCCGUAUUGGUCAGAAGCAACGGGAGACCGUGCCAGUGUCGUUCAAGCUCAAUCAGACAUGUUAGAAAUCGUCCCACCCGGAACCUCCAAAGGCAACGGUGUAAAAAUGCUUCUCAAUCAUUUGGGCGUUUCACCGAAUGAGAUAAUGGCGAUAGGGGAUGGGGAAAAUGACAUGGAGAUGCUGGAACUAGCGUCGUUGGGAGUCGUUAUGAGCAACGGUGCAGAAAAGACAAAGGCCGUGGCUGAUGUGAUUGGUAUGAGCAACGACGAAGACGGUGUUGCUGAUGCCAUUUACCGAUAUGCCUUCUGAGUUCUACCCACACCACCACAAUUUCACACUCGACUCCAGCUAUUACAACAAGAGAUGCCAAAUUUCAUUUAGAUUAUUCUCCUGAUAGAAAAAAGAAACAUUGUUCUAUUCUUAUUGGGAAAUUGAUUUAUGGCAGAGACCUGUUUUAAGCAA